GCGUGUUUUCUUCUCCAUGCGAACUCAAACACAUCUUCACGAAACACGGACACGGUUAUAUCUGUCCGUCUGAUUAUCCAAACACGAACUUCUCCGCUUAAUUUGACGACACUUCAUCUUGGUAGUUUGCUAAUUGUUGUACACUUUCUUUUUAUUAAGCUGUAAAGCGAAUAUUUUGAUGAUACGUUAGAAGGUUUGACAUUUAGAUCAUCCUCGAGGUGACCGUUGUCAUAAGUUUGUCUUGCUGUAGCGAUGGAGAAGUAUGAGAAGAUCAGUAAGAUUGGCGAAGGCUCGUACGGCGUUGUGUUCAAGUGCAGGAAUAAAGACACCGGACAGAUUGUCGCCAUCAAGAAGUUUGUGGAGUCUGAGGAUGAUCCCAUCAUUAAGAAAAUAGCGCUCAGAGAAAUCCGCAUGCUGAAGCAACUAAAACAUCCAAACCUGGUGAAUCUGAUGGAGGUGUUCAGAAGAAAGAGAAAACUUCACCUGGUGUUUGAGUACUGCGACCACACUGUCCUGAAUGAGCUGGACAGAUACCCACGAGGUGUUCCAGAGCAUAUGGUUAAAAGCAUCAUCUGGCAAACACUUCAGGCUGUGAACUUCUGCCACAAACAAAAUUGUAUUCACCGAGAUGUGAAGCCUGAAAACAUUCUCAUCACCAAACAUCAGGUCAUCAAACUCUGCGACUUCGGCUUUGCCAGGAUUCUUACGGGUCCGUGUGAUUAUUACACAGAUUAUGUCGCGACACGGUGGUAUCGAGCUCCAGAACUGUUAGUGGGAGACACACAGUACGGCCCGCCGGUAGACGUCUGGGCUGUAGGAUGUGUUUUUGCGGAGCUACUCUCUGGCGCCCCCUUGUGGCCGGGCAAAUCUGAUGUAGACCAGCUGUAUCUGAUCAGGAAAACUCUGGGUGAGUUGAUUCCUCGACAUCAACAGGUGUUCAGCACCAACCAGUUCUUUAGCGGCGUUUGUGUGCCUGAGCCACAGGAGAUGGAGCCUCUUGAACUGAAGUAUCCCAACUUGUCGUACCAGGCACUGAGCCUCAUGAAGGGUUGUCUGCGGAUGGAUCCGGCUGAGAGGUUGUCCUGUGAGCAGUUACUGGAACAGCCCUACUUUGACAGUCUGCGAGAGGAGAGCGAGAGUGUGACGCGUGAACUGGACCGCAAGAAACGCACACGGCAGCCACGCAAACACCUGCCACCUGGGUAUCUGCCUCAGUUGGCUAGCAGCACCGUCUUUCCUGCAGUGGAGAACAGAAGAAACUACAACAACCUGCGCAAAUUCAACUAUCAUCUUCCCAACAUAUGAUGGAAGACGACUCAUCGGGAACCUGAGAUGUGACCAUCCACCUCCCAGCUGGUGUGUGUGUGUGUGUGUGAGUGAGACAGACAAAGGGCUCUGCUCUGCCUGUAGAACAAUGAUGUCACACUGCCAAAGCAAAGACUCACAGAGGCAUUUCUGUCACAUGUAAAUGACAACAGCAAUAAUAACAUUCAAAUCAAA